AUGGCGAAUUUUCCCGAUCUUCCCCGGGAGAUUCGAGACAUGAUCUGGCCCCUCGUCCCUCGAGAAAAUCAUCCAGGCGUUCACAUCUUCAGGCACUAUGAUGAGAACCAGAAAUGCAUGACUGAGGGCCGUUCUCUCAUGCAUGGCGACCUUUUCAAUGGUAUAAUAUCCGAACCGUCGCCCGACAAAUACUUCGGCAGCCUGGACAAGGACUGCAUGAACGAGAACGUCUCUACGUAUCUCACCGACGGUGCAAUGUGGAAUACCUGCAAAGAGUCGCGCCUUGCCAUCGAAAAGUAUUUCAGCCAGUAUAAGAGGUCUGCUGAGGAAUGGUGGCGGUGCGAGAAAAGGGACUCUAGAGGCUGGGAUGAGUAUCCCGUCAACUGUGUGUUUAAGGUGCCCUCCACGGGAAAGGGAUGCUUCGAGGGAGGCUGCCCACAUUAUUUGACCGUCUUCCCUCGCAAAGAUCUGUUUGUUUUUCAACCCGAUAAACUAGACGGUACGGAUUGGCCUUCUUUUGCGUGGCAUCUAACGAAAGGUGACACCCGGCCGGCUUUUCAGAGACCCCGGCACAUUGCAGUUGAAUAUGAUCCAGAGUGGUGGGUAUCACAUGGUGGAAAUGCUCGAGUGGUCGCUCAGUUGCAGGAAGCUGUUUUCGCGCUAAAGAACAUCGAAAAGCUAUGGUUUAUUGAUCACAACCUCAAAAGAAAAAAGAACGCGCCAGCUUUUAAAGAAGGAUGGGAUCACUGGGAAUCGACCAAUGCAUUCUACGCCAGAGACAGGAAGUUCCUCGAAAUCGACUGGCGCAAGUCUGGCGCACUGGAGGACUGGGAGUAUAUAAAGCCAGUGGGGGACAGCUCGAAUAAAUUUGUUGAUUCUUCGAUCUGGCUUGCGCGGCAGUUGAACGACUUUAUCCGUUGCAGCCAGAGCUUUCCUGGGUAUCCUGAGCAUGGUGUUCGGAGUCCUACGGAUUACUGCGAAAUCGGACUUCUCGGAUGGGACGAACUUUGA